CAAUUUCUAACCAACUAAAAUAGUUGAAUUGUCUUUCUAUGUAGCUAUUAUUUUAUUGAUCUGUAUGUACAUGUUUUAAUUAUAUUUUUCAUAAAUGCUCAUUAAAACUUUAUCUUGUUAAUUCAAACGUAAUGCAAUUUUUAUCUACAAUUUAAGUUAUACGAUAAUAAUUAAUUUUGCUGAUUUGGACAUACUACUUGCCAAUAUGAUUUUUCAAAAGAAUCACUUUCAAAAUAUUCUACUGAAUUUUCGCAUCUUUCAAAAUAUUUUACUGAAUUUUCGCACCUUUCAAAUUUUAUCCCUAUAUAUAUAAGCUAAAUUAAAUUUUGCAAACCAUGUAUCCACACUCACGAUUAUUGUGCUCAAGUAAUUAUACAGGUGAAAUGAUUUUUAUACCUUUUAUUUGUUUUUGUGUUUGGAUAUAUUGAAUUUAUAUAGUUUAUUAUGAUUUUUUUAUGCAGGGAAAUUGACUGAAUUUUGGUUUAACUGUAAUAGAUGUGUACAUCAGGUGAAUGUAAAAAAAAUCCCGAAAACACCUUUGAUAUGUGGUCAACCAACAGAAGAAACUCAUCCUCAUAUUUUGAGAAAAGGUGAAGUGAGUAUUCUAGUAUGAAAAAAUGUAUUUGUUGAUACGUAGUUAAAUUUGGUUUAAUGUAUGUAAUCAUUUCUAGAUUAUUCCCGGUAUACAAAAAGAAGAAUUUAUAACUAGAAGACUUAAAUUAAUGGAAUCCGUGCUUAGCACAAGAAAAGAUUUUUAUCAUGUUAUUGUCAUACCGUCAGCCAUCAGACAAUACAUGUCUGACCAUAUACCUUAUCCGUUCAGACAAAAUACAGAUUUCUUAUAUUUUAGUGGAUGUCAAGAAACAGACUGUGCUUUGGUUUUGUGUGGUAAUUCUAUUGAGAACUUUACGUCGACUCUGUUUCUUAAGACUUACGACCCUCAAUCGGAGCUGUGGAAUGGACCUAGUACAAGUAUGCGAUUGUAAUAAAUUAGACUUCUGUUUUUAAUUUUAUAUCUAAAUCUAAUAAUUAUUUAUAGGAGCCGAGUUUGCUCCAUCAAUCUUUGGUGUUGAUGAUGGGAGAACUUUACCACAACUAUCAGAAUUUUUAAUGACAGAACUCAAAAAACAUGCAAAUUGCGUACUAUGGUACAAUCAAAAGCAAAAAGUCCAAAGUGCUGUUGACAAGGUUGUUAAUAAUGUUGCUGCAGAAAAUUCAAUUUAUGUGAGUUAGUUUAAAUCAUUCCUUAGUUCUGUUUAUUUAUCAUUUACUUAUGAAGCAAGUAGUAAUUUGGUUAGGCCUUCUAAACAAAUUAUUACCAAAUUAAUCAUAAAUAAUUUUUUUACAGCUUGAUGAUACGUUAGACAACCAUUCACACAAACUUCGCUUGUAUAAAUCACCAGCUGAACAGAGUUUAAUGAGACAAAGUUGUCAAAUAGCAUCUAGAUCAUUUAUUAAAACAAUGGCAUCGACUAAACCUGGUUCAACUGAACAUGAACUAUAUGCGAGAUUAGACUAUGAAUGUCGAAUGAACGGAGCUGAAUAUCUCGCAUAUCCACCAGUAGUUGCUGCUGGAAAUAAUGCUAAUACUUUGCAUUACAUUGACAACAAACAAAAAAUCAAGGAUGGAGAUUUAAUUCUCGUUGAUGCAGGUAAAGUCAAACAAAUAAAUAAAUAUAACAAAUAUUGCAUUAUUUCUUUAUAUACAAUGAUUUUAAUUAAGGCUUAAUUUUACAUGCCAUAAAACCUUAAGUAAUAUACAUCUACUAUACAAUUUUAUUUUACAAUUUUGUUUUAAAAUUAUGCUCUUUAAAAUAGUACAUAGCUGAUCGGCAACUAUGUCUGUCAUAUUGUGUAUGUUAUUUCGUUAUUAGUUAAUUUUUUUAAAUACAUAAACUUUAACUUUUGGAAAAAUGAAUCCAUACAUAGUGAAUUCUAUGAUGUGUGCGUAUUAUUUACACAAACAAUUAAGACAAAAUAAAAAAAGACGUAGAAGAUAUCAUGUCCACCCAGUUAUUGUAGAUCGGCCAAUUGAAGGUGAAUUCUGUACGCUGUUUUCAAAAUUACGAAAACAUGAGUUAAAAUUGUUUGAUUACUUCGAAUGUCUAUUAAAGUUUUGACGAGCUGCCAGCAAAACUAGAAGAUUAUCGAUGUUCAUUGUAAAAUUAUAAUAUAAUAUAAUUAUAUAAUACAAAUUAAAAAACCUAAUAACUUAAACUUGCGUACGGGCUCACUAUUGGUCGCUUGAUCAGCGUCAAACUAAACGCCAGUAUUUACCGAUAUGGUUCCGUUGGUCGACCGACGUAUGCGUGACAGACGAGCUCGACCGACGGUCCUCGUCAGUGCGAUGUAGCUGUACGUGCGUAUCAACUGUUCAGUGCUGCGCUGAAUUUGUUCAUAUGCAUUCAUUGAUAUAUCUACGCUCGACAGACGUCAGUGCUGACCGUCGGUCGUGCACUAAUUCCAGCCUAAACCUCUCUUAUAAUCUCUUAUUGUCAUUAGUUGUCUUAUCUUGUUUCUCCAAACUCGUAUUCUGUAUUCAUUUAUAUUUAUCCUUAGUCCCUUUCUUUCAAGUGCUACUCUCUAUUUCUCAAGCUUAUUGUUAACUUAUUCCAGAUUUUCGCCUAUUAAAUUUAUAUCAUCUGCAAACUUCAUGCACCAUGACACCUCCACGCACUGAUUGUGCUUGCACUGAUCCAAAAUGAGAUAAUCCGCCAAAGUUUUGUUUAGAACAAUUCUUAUUGUUUGACAGAAUUUUGAACUGGUUGUUAAUCUGACACAACCCCAUUUGUCACCCCUUACAGCAUAUAGAAGUAUCGUGGGAAUAUACUGAUUCUCUUCCACAAGUAAAGAAACUUAUUAGCUUCAUAAUUAUUUACCAAAUAAAAACUAAACGGAAAUGUUAAACACCUAUAAAUAGCUCAUAAAUUUCCAGAAUGUUUUAAAUAUUUUCCUCAUCUCUACUACAUUUAAUCUCUGUUCUAAUUUGUUUUGUCUACUGCCUAACACUCUAAACCAUAUAACAUAGCCAGACUCGCUACACUUUUGAAGAACAACUUCGCUGAAUCCAUAAAAUACCUGACGCUUCUCUUUACUAUCUAACUACACUUAAUCCUAUGUGUUUCACAUCUCUAUGAAAGCCAGCCACCAUUCUUUUUUACAAAAGAUCCUAGAUAAUUAAAACUCUCAACCACAUUUGUCGCCUCUGCUUAUAAGUAGUAUUAUGAUUUUUUUCAGCAAGGAGAAUGGUAUUGUCAACUAUAAAGUGAAUUCCUCCACCUUAUAGAAACAAUACCAUAUAUUUAUUAAUAUCAUUACCCACUUGGGCUUUCCGCUAGUAAGAGCUCGGGGCCCUUAGGUUCACUUAAUUCGUAGCAUCAUAUGUUUCCCUGUAGCUAUAUUGUUUAAGUAGGAAAAAAAAAAAACAAUUAUAUUUUUUUGCUUAAUUUAAGCCUUGUAGACCUUCCAUGGCUUUCACAACGUCUCUCCACAUACCUUCUUUCUAAAAAGAUCAUGUACAAAAAAAAAAUGAAAUUACUAUAUAAAUAACAUUUUCAGGUUUUUAUUUAUGAUAUGUUUAUAAUACAUUUUUAACCAGAAAAAUAUUGUAUUGAUAAAUAUUGAAUAAUUAACAAAAUUAAAUAUGAAUUUCAAAACAAACUACAAUAAAACUUUGUUAAUUAUGCUAAUACAAACUCAUUUAGUAAACAAUUUGGUAUAAUAUUUAAUUUAUUAAUUUUUGUUCACUCUCCAGAAAAUUUCCUAUAGGUACUAGUAUUAUUAUUAUUUCAAAAUCCUACUUUUGUAGGUUCAUAGAUUUAAUUUGCUUGUUUCUAUAAAUUAUAUUAAAUUAAAUUCUAUAAAUUAUUUAAAAAAUACCAAGUAUAAUAAUAUGCAAAUUACAAUUUCAGUUAGGUUGUAAUUUUAAUUCGUUAGGUACCUAUUUUUAAUUUUUUUUUUUCAGAAAGUUCAAAAAGUUUUAUUUUUAAAUAGCCACUAGGUACAUAUUAUGCUCGUUACAAAUAACGGUUUCAAUGAUAAACAAAGACACUGUAGUUUGUUAUUUGUAUUUAGGAUGUGAAUAUCAUGGAUACUCUAGUGAUAUAUCUCGAACAUGGCCAGCAAAUGGAUUUUUUUCUGAUGCUCAGAAAACAUUAUAUGAAGCUACACUAUGUGUUCAAAAAGAAUUGAUUGACAUGUGUCAAGCACGUCCAUCACUAGACACAUUAUAUGAAGCCAUGUGUUUUAAAUUAGGAAAAGCCUUGACAGAAGCACACGUAUUCAAGAAAAACGUUAACCCUUCAGAAUUAAAUGUGGUAACUAUUGGGUUACAUUUUUAAUUGUCUUUAUUAUUUAUCUUGUUUUAAUUUAUAGCAUGAAUAUUAAAAUGUUUAGUUAGCUCGUGUAUUAUGCCCGCAUCAUGUCAGUCAUUAUUUGGGGAUGGAUGUACAUGAUAUUGGUACAGUUAAAAAAAAUAUUAAGACUGAACCCGGGUUUAUCAUUACAAUUGAGCCAGGUUAGUUUGAAAAAUCUUGUAAUGUUUAUAAAAUAUAUGUUAUUUUUUGAAUAAUGAUUGUAUUUAUUUCAGGUGUUUAUGUGAGUAAAAAUAAUGUAAAAGUUCACAAAGAAUUUCUUGGUUUAGGUAUACGAAUAGAAGAUGACGUUUUGGUGACUGAAAACAGCAUUGAAGUGUUAAGUAAAGAUUGUCCAAAAGAAAUAGUAGACAUUGAAAAAAUAAUAUCAAACAAACUAAAUUAAGUUACCCCACUUAGUUUGUAUACGAAUUACUUUUAGUUUUAUGAAAAUUACGAAUUUUUUAGUAAAUUUGGCUGUGUCUUGUUAAAAAUAAUAUUAUGUAAUAUUUUAUCACACUUGUUGAACUACUAGUGUUAGAUAUUGAUUUUAAAAACCAUUUACUUAAGUAUUAUGUUUAAGUGUUUAUGAAAUUUUUCUGUUAAUAAUAUAUAUUUCCUAAACUAUAUUUUUUUUCCGAUAUUGUUUUAUUUUUCAUAGUUACACAAAUAUUGAAGGUUUGGAAGUUUUUGAAUAUUAUUGAAAUUUGUUUAUAAAUAACUAUCCCUUCAUAUGGCUUUGCCCUUACACAUUACAUAGUGUUGAAUACAAAUUCAUUUCAGAGGUCUACCCUGGUUAUUUAAUUCUAGUUAGGGUUGCAAAAUAUUUUUUUUUAUUUAAAUUUAUUUUUAAUGUUUUAAAUUAUUUUUAACAUAAUUUAAAAAUUAUUUUUUAAAUAUGUUAAAAAAUUGUUCUUAUUGUUUAAAAUGCAUAAACC